UUGCUCGGUCUCGGCCGAAACAACAUCUCCCUCGUCGAACAAACCGCCAUGAAAUACAACCGCUUCUUCUCCUACUGCCUUCCGUCAACUUCCAGCUCCACCGGCCAUCUCACCUUCGGCAAAGGAGGAGGCUCCGCUAACGGCGUCAAGUUCACCAAGCUCACCACGUUAUCCAAAAGAGCUUCAUCGUUUUAUGGCCUCGGCCUCACCGGCAUCAGCGUCAACCGGCGCCAGCUGCAGGUUGCGUCCUCGGUCUUUUCGUCUUCGGGAACCAUCAUCGACUCGGGGACGGUGAUCACGCGGCUGCCGGCGACUGCGUACAGGGCGUUGAGGGACGCGUUUCGGGAGGGUAUGAAAAACUACAAGAUGACUAUGUCGUUUUCGCUGCUGGACACGUGU